GCCAGCCGCAUUCACCUCGCUUCACCUCAUCACAUAGGAGGAGGAGUACAGCAUACGUUUCCGCAGAGACCACAGUCACUUAACUUUUAUUACGGUCUGUUGUCAUAAUUGUUCUAUUUUGUUGUCAGUUAUUGUUAAUCUCUCGCUGUGCCUGAUUUAUAAAGUUCAUCAUAGGUAUGUACGUAUAGGAAAAAUACCUAGUGUAUACAGGGUUCGGUACUCUCCAUGGUUUUAGGCAUCCUCUAGGGUCUUGGAACAUGUCCCUUGUGGGUAAGGAGGGGGGACUGCUAUACUAGAUUAUUCAUAGUAGCAUUAUUCGUAAUAGCCAAAAAAAAUGGAAUGCGUCAAAUGCCUGACAAUAGAAUUAGAAUCAUAAAACCAAUCCAAUGCAUCAGUGAGCAUGAAUGAUCUGUCACUAAACACAGAAUGGAUGAAUGAAUCUCACAAACAGAAGACACCAGAUUUAAGAGUCCACAUUCACGUCUGAAUGCAAAGCUAAGUGGUUGGAAGUCACAGUAGUGGCUCCUCUUGGGCAGGGAGUCACUGACAGCACGAAGGGCGUUCCUGAUGUGUUUCCCAGCCUGGGUGCUGGCUACACGAGUGUGACAACCCUCACGUGGUCUACUUAAGCUCGGUGUACUCUUUGGUAUGUUACAUUUCAUGGAAGAAAACAGAGCAAGUGCAGAGAUGAUUCCCUCCACCACCACCAUCAAGUUUAGGAAAAGUGCUGGCUCAGGUACAUUUCUGUUUCCCAAAUGGCACCACUGAAGUCCUGGCAUUUCCCCCAAGGCAACUUGUGAGUUCUUUCCAUGAACCAAUCCUGGGGACCUAAAGCCCUUGUCUCUGGUUUCUACUCGCUCAGAAUUCAGUUCAAUUCAGGAAUCCAGGAAUGCCUGGGACAGAGAGCCAGCAUCCGCUUGUUGAAGGCCACCAAGAUCUGCGUGACAGGCAAGAGUAACCUCCAGUCCUACAGCUGCGUGAGGUGCAAUUAUACAGAGGCCUUCCAGACUCAGACCAGACCCUCUGGCGGCAGAUGGACGUUUUCCUACGUAGGUUUUCCUGUGGAGCUGAACACAGUCUACUUCGUUGGAGCCCACAAUAUCCCCAAUGCAAAUAUGAAUGAAGACAGCCCCUCCAUGUCUGUGAAUUUCACCUCACCAGGCUGCCUCGACCACAUGAUGAAAUACAAAAAAAAGUGCGUCGAGGCAGGAAGUCUGUGGGAUCCGAAUGUCACUGCCUGUAAGAAGAACAAGACAGCGGUGGAAGUGAAUUUUACAACCAGCUCCCUUGGAAACAAAUACAUGGCUCUCAUCCGCAAUCACAUCGUAAUCGGGUUUUCUACCGUGCUGGAGGCUGAUGAGAGUCCCUUUGGGAAGAGCGGUCUUCCACCCGCAGUCUUUGUUCUUGCUCCCCUGGCUCAUGAUUCUCAGUUUGUCUCACUUCUGCCCCAGAACAACCCCCAAACGCGCACUUCUGUGGUGAUUCCAGUGACUGGGGAGAGCGAAGGUGCUGUGGUCCAGCUGACUCCGUAUUUCCGUACCUGUGGCAAUGACUGCAUCCGACGCAAAGGAACAGUUGUGCUUUGCCCACAGCCCAGCGUGUCCUUCUCCCUGGAUGGCCGCAGGAGCGUGUUGGGUGGCUGGCUGCCUCUCCUCUUCCCAGCCCUGCUGGGGGCCACGGCGGUGCUGAUGGCUGGGAUCUACCUACUGUGGAGGCACAAAAGGAUCAAGAAGGCCUCCGUCCCUACUGCCACCCUACUGCCCCCCAUUAAGGUUCUUGUGGUUUACCCACCUGAAAUAUGCUUCCAUCACACAGUCUGUUACUUCACUGAAUUUCUUCAAAACCACUGCAGAAGCGAGGUUAUUCUUGAAGACUGGCAGAAAAAGAAAAUAGCGGAGAUGGGUCCAGUGCAGUGGCUUACCACGCAGAAGAAAGCAGUGGAUAAAGUCAUUUUCCUGCUUUCCAAUGACGUCAAUACCAUGUGUGAUGGUACCUGUGACAAGAGUGAGGGCGGCCGCAGCCCCCACGAGAACUCCCAAGGCCUCUUCCCCCUUGCCUUUAACCUCUUCUGCAGUGAUCUGAGAAGCCAGACUUCCCUUUGCAAAUACAUGGUGGUCUAUUUCAGAGAGACAGACACCAAAGAGGAGUACAGCGCGCUCAGCGUCUGCCCGAAGUACUGCCUCAUGAAGGACGCGCCUGCUUUCUGUACAGAGCUUCUCCGUGCCGAGCAGCACGUGUCAGCGGGAAAGAGGCUGACAGCCCGUUCCCUACAGGCCACUCAGGAGACGUGUGGGGCCCUGAAGCCUUCCUGCUCCUCCACAUUACAGGGAGAAAGCAUCUCAGGAUUCUGAAGUUUCCUGUAUGGACUACGUACAGGGAGGAUUUUACAUACACCUGCUUUAUUUAGCAAUAGGAAUAGGGAGGAUUCACAACGGAAUACAUAUGCCUGAGUUUAAUCAAAAUUUGCAUGCCAAUAAAACUGUUACAAAUACUAA